CAGGGACACAACGACAUGCUGACGGCAGUGGGGUUUGAACCUGUGCUCCCCUGAUCCCAACACCAAAGCACUGUGCCACAGCCUCCCUGUGCGAAUGGCAUUACAGUGAGAAGCAGAGAUGGCGACACCACUUCUCCGCAUCCUGAAUCCCCAAGCUCCAGGGGAUCGACAACAGGCUGUUGCGGUGCCAUCAAAAGAGGCCCGUUUGUAUGGGGAAAAGCGAAAGGCUUUUCCCACACCUCCGGUGGAGCUGCUCAGCAAGGCCAUGGCCAAAGCAGAGAAGCUCCUUCGAGCCAAAGGUACCCCUAGGCCCUCACGCCAGCAGUGCCUGGGAAAGCUGGUCUUGCCAUUUGCCAGUAUGUGAAUGCACCGUUUCACUGGCUAGUGGCAAAUGACGUGGGCUACAUAACGUUUCUGCUUGAUAAGCACAAACUAGAAGUGGAAGACCCACACCGGAAGGGAGAUGUGGGGUGCCGGUGGGUUAAAGACUUUCUCACAGAAUACGGAGAGAGCUUCCCAUAAGUCUCCUGUCUCCUCGAGGCCAAUGUGGACAGGUGGAUCUACGGCCAAAAGGGGUUUGAGAACAGCACCUUUCAGGAGAUGUGGGAACUCUAUGGCCAGUACCAAUCCCAAAAGGACAGCCCUGAGAAAGUCAGUGGUGUCCAGAGGGAAAGGAUAGGGAAAGCAUACAGGUCUGUGAGCAAGUGGUUGCGCACACCAGUGACCCAAAUUACCAACGUGCAGUUGAAGAGGUUCCGUAAAUACAUCAUGGACAAGGAACAAACGAGCACGCUGGACUCAUCCUCGUGGCCAGGGGACGAUGCUGAACUGGUAGCUGUGAGCCAGGCUGUGGAAGAAGAUAUGAUCAAGAAAAGGCCCAAAGCAACUGCUUACGGACCUGGAGGCACUGCUGUCGGGCCCGAAGCUGCUGCUCUCCUUCCUGAUGUCUGUCCAGCCUGAAACUGCUGCCCGGCCUGCUGCUACUGCCGCCGCCGCCCGGCCUGCUGCAAAAAAGCAUGCAUCUGGGCAUAAAACCUCUGCUGGCCAUCCCAAAGAAACAGAGGUCACUCGGCCUGAAGAUGUUGCUACUGCUGCUGUCCAGCCUGCUCCUACUGUCCGGCCUGCUACUGCUGCUGUGAAGGCAAAGAAGCCAACAUCGAGGCACAAAACCUCUGCUGGCCAUCCAAAAACCCCGGAAGUCACUCCUGUGCAGCCUGCGGCCCCUGCUGACCCAAAUAUGUCCACUUCGACAUCCACGGCUUGUGACCUUCCGAUGGCAUCUCACCCGAGUGACGCAGAAGUGGAUCUAGAGGGCUGGGUGUGUUUGUGGGAGAACGCUGGUGGCAUCCCAUCUGCCGACAUAUCCUGGCUCAAAGAGGACACAGAGAGAGGGCUGUUUACCCCCGUUCACACGUACAAGGACAUCAGAGGUCAGAUCAAGAGGCGACGAGUGAUGAAGUCUGACCGGAUGUGGUUUUAUCCCCCGGAACCUCCUGGCUUUGUCGGGGGUGGUCUGCCUAUUCCGCAAUUGUUCUUCAGGAGCCGGGUCUUUGUGUGGCGCCCCGUUGGAGUGUGGAGGUACUCGCUCAAGUGUCCGCAGGGAGAUAACUGUGUCGGCAGUGGGAAAAAUGUGCACCUCUCAAAGUCUGGCUACCACUCCAAGGUACGUCUCAUCUGUGAUGUGUCCGGCUGGUACACAGUGAUCACAGAGGUGCUGUCCUGCGGACCCUGUACAAAGGCAGCCAGGAUCAAAGAGGGUGUUUCAGUGGGCCGGUGGCUUGCGUGGGAUAACGCCAUCCUAUCCCAGCUCAGCCAGGCUCACCAAGCCAUCUUUCCUGCCAUCCUUACCACCAUGCGUGGCGUAGACUGGAAUGUCGUGCGCCUUCUGAGGGACAGGACUGAAGGGAACACUAUGGAGAAGGUGUGGCGGCAUUGUACAGGAGAAUCACGUCGAGGAGUACCUCCAUCACAAGGACCUGUACACCACACUCCUCGUGACCAUAGCUGCACCCGGAGGGAUCGUCUCUGCAAUGAGGCAGACAUUACAGGCUCCACCUGCCCAAAAACAGCUCCCCACAGCGCGGCUCUUGCGCCAUGUCUUCCUGCUGGCAGAGGCGAACAAUGUGCAGGAUUACCGGAGCCAGAUCCUCUCCACUUUUGGCACGGUGAUGAAAAUGGAUUCCACCAAGAAAGUGGUGAAGAAGCUGUCUGGGCAGUGACGUGGCUCAGCCGAGUGGCUUACCAGCAUCGGCAACGAGUACUCCCAGAUUGUUUCUUUUGUGCUGACUUGUGA